AUGGCGCGAAACGGCAUCAUCAAAACAAGCCGGCACCGGCUGGAGUUAACCAUGGCAUUCGCACGCCCCGAGUUCCUAGUAUCGACGGAUUGGCUGGCCGACCAGCUGAAAGGCAACGAUAAAGGCAACGAUGUACGGGUGUUCGAGACAACCGUCUUCCUGCACCGCGGCGACGGCGGAGUUCGCGCCGAGUCUGGACAAGCGCAAUAUGAAACGGGUCACAUCCCCGGCGCUGGGUUCCUUGACCUGCAGGCCGACUUCUCCGAUAACGACCAACCCUACCGCUUCAUGAUGCCCUCGGCUGAAGCGUUCGCCGAAGCGGCCGGACGACACGGCAUCUCGGAGACCUCGAAGUUGGUCCUGUACGACCGCCUGGGGUCGCAGUGGGCGGCCAGGCUGUGGUGGAUGUUCCGCUCGAUGGGUUGCCAGGGCGCGGUGGUGCUGGACGGUGGCUGGCGCCGGUGGACGGCCGAGGGCCGUGCCGCGUCCACAGACCCGGCGACAUACGCACCCGCGACCUUCAGGCCGACGCCCGACCCGGCACGCUUUGCCAAUCUUGCCGAGGUGAUGGCGUUCAUCGAGACCGGCACUGGAGGCGGCAGCUGCCUGAUCAACGCCCUGGGGCGGGAUCAGCACUCGGGCGAGGACGGCGGGCAAGGCUACGGCCGCGCGGGGCACAUCCCCGGCGCGAGCAACGUGCCCUCUGGUGAGUUGACCGAUCCUGAAACCGGCCUCUUCCGGCCAGCAGAGGAGUUGGCGGGGCUCUUCGACGCGGCGGGCGCGGACCGCACGCAGCGCGUGGUCACCUACUGCGGCGGCGGCAUCGCGGCGUCCAAUGACGCCUUCAUCCUGGCGAUGCUGGGCUACGAGAACGUCGCGGUCUACGACGCCUCGAUGUCGGAGUACGCCGCCGACCCGUCGCUGCCGCUGGUGGUCGCCUGA